UGUGACUAUGGGUGUGAUGUUGAUGGAAAUGCAAUAGCUACUUUGCUAACGGCCAUUUACCUUUCAGACAACGGCUGUCGUUUCGUGAAUAGCAGUCUGGUGUCUUGCAGCAAAAUACAAAAAGAGUUCGGUGAAAACUUCUAUCCUGUCCAGUUAUUGGAGCGUAAACUUGCAUGAGAAAUGCGGUAGGAAGAUGGCAUUUCCCACAUUCUAACUCAGGAAGACCUGGGAUGUCCAACUGACUCAACCAUGCAGGUUUGCCUCCAACUUUGCUGGGGAACUGAUGACUCUGUAGUUGCCAGUUUUCGGCCUCUUCCAAAAAGCCAAGAGAAACCCCUGUUUCUGCCAUAGUGUUAAUUUGACUAAUUUACCAAGUAACGUUAAUUUUAUCGUACUCUUUCAAUCGCUGGCUAGCUGUCUGUCACAACAAAUUCCAACGUGCGUCACUGUUGUAGCUUUUAAAUAUGUCCGGAGUGGAACAGUACUUUUAGGAGGCAAACGUUCCGUGUAAUUCGCGCUCCUGCCAUAUCGCCUAUUUGCAAUUAAAACACUAGAGAGGGAACAGUGUUAUGGCCUUAUUAUAGUUGAAGAGAUCAAUCGAAUAAAUGAACACCUUAAAAAUCAGUCUCCUGGGACUGAUGGUAUAUCUGCUGAGUUUUACAAACGUUUUAUCAACAGUUAGCCCCAUUUCUGUUGGAGGUCUUUUCUAAAAGCAUUGCAAAUAAUGCUCUCCCAGUUUGACCAAGGUCUGAUUACAUUAAUACCUAAACCCAAGAAAUAUUUGCUUCUCGAUAAUUGGCGUCCAAUCUGUCUGCUCAAUAACGACUACAGAAUGUUAGCCUCUAUAUUUGCAAAAAGAAUGAAGGCAGUGUUGGGCUCAAUUAUAGAAGAGACCCAAUCUGGCUUCAUGAGGAAUAGACAUAUAUCUAAUAAUAUCCGACUGGUGUUAGACCUUAUUAACUAUUCUGAUCUAAACUUCCAUGAUAGCUUCAUUGUAUUCUUACACUUUUAUAAAGCCUUCAUACGGUGGAACUUGAGUUUCUAUUUCUCUCCCUUGAGAAAUUUCGUUUUGGGGAAUUAUUUUGUAGCACUAUUAAAAUUAUUUAUAUGAAUGGGACCAGUUAUAUUAAAUUAAAGCAUGGCACUUCUCCUAUAUUUGAUUUGAAAAGAGAAAUUAGGCAAGGAUGCCCAAUUUCGAUUGACCUCUUCCUGCUUGCAACCCAACUUCUUACAUGUUUUUUUAAAAUCCAGCGAUAUAAAAUGGAUCUCUAUUGUUGACAGAUAUUAUCAUGUGAGCUUGCAGAUGACACCACUCUAUUUUUGAAAGAUACCAGGGAUCGAGAGUCCCAUAGGGUGGCGCACAAUUGUCCCAGCGUCGUCCGGGUUAGGGGAGGUUUGCCCGGUAUAGGCCGUCAUUGUAAAUACGAAUUUGUUCUUAGAGAUUUUCAAUAUAGCGUCUUUCAUGUCACAGUCCACAAGAUGGAAGACUUGAGCUACUCUACCAUCGCUCAGCCAUUUCAUCCGAGAGAAGUAUUGUUGUUGAGAUCAAACAGGCUGAGGAAUACAAUUGUAAGAAUUGUGUCCAAUUUAUGUAACAAUUUAACCAUCAAUAGUAGAGCAUUGGAAAGCAUUGAACAGACGAAGCCUUACAAAUUAGUUCAUAAAAAAAAACAUUUUUGCACAUAAAUGAUCAAAUUCUACCCCCAGAGUAGGAUAUUUUUGCAAUCUACGGGGGGCUUGCUUGUUGCUAUUGGUCAAUGGUGCAAUGUUUUUUCUGACUCAGUGGUGUUUGAUGAUGUCAUGUUGCUCACGAAUAGAAGGCUGAGCUUUUUUUAGAGUCAUAGGGCUGAGUAGGUGAGUGGAGUGCAAACUACAACUUUCGAAAAUAUUCAGGAAAUACAUUUCUAAUCAUACGGGGUGGAAACAUUUUCCCCUAUUGGAUUUAUUGCUUGAGGAAUUUAUUUCUGUACAAUGGGGGAUUGACAUCAAGGUGUCUACAUCGUCUUUGUAGAAAGGCAACAUUUUUUCCAGCCAUGGAACACUACAGAAGAUAAGGGACAGUUCUUGUGAAAGUCCCGUUGAUGUCAAAUUUAGGAAACUAAUGGUUUGGCGUAACUAGGAUUAACUGGUUGCUGGACAGUUCCACAAGGCGAUGCCACCCCAGGGCGAUGGAGAUUAUAAACCUGUAGCGGUGUCGGCGGCGGUCCCACCGGUUCCUCCUCGGAGGGUUCGGAGCAGAGAGUCGUUUUCGGGCUCCAAGUGUCGGCCCGGUGGCGGAGAGCGCAAAGUGAAGUGUGUGCUUGUCGGUGACGGCGCAGUUGGGAAGACAAGCUUGAUUGUCAGCUACACCACAAAUGGAUAUCCAACUAAAUAUGUCCCAACUGCCUUUGAUAAUUUUUCAGCGGUCGUGGCAGUUGAUGGCAAGCCAGUGAAACUGCAGCUUUGUGACACAGCUGGGCAGGAUGAGUUUGACAAGCUGCGUCCGCUCUGCUACACCAACGCAGACGUCUUCCUGAUGUGCUUCAGUGUCGUCAGCCCCUCCUCCUUCCAGAACGUAACAGAGAAAUGGGUGCCGGAGAUUCGCCGGCACUGCCCGCAGGCGCCGGUGGUUCUGGUGGGAACCCAGUCAGACCUGCGGGAGGAUGUUAAUGUUCUGAUUGAGCUGGCCAAGUACAAAGAGAGGCCAGUGGAGCCCCAGGAGGCCCAGCAGUGUGCCGAGGACAUGAGGGCCGUGUCAUACAUGGAGUGCUCCUCACUCACCCAGAAGAACCUCAAAGAGGUGUUUGACGCAGCCAUCGUGGCCAGCAUCCAGCACUCUGACAGUCAGCAGAAGCAGCAUCGACUGAAAAAACGGACUCCAGACAAGAUGAAGAAGCUUUCUAAAUCAUGGUGGAAGAAGUACUGUUGCGUGGUUUAGCCUCUAUCUGUGUGUGUGACAGGACGGACGCAUAGGUUCCAAUUUUGCUUCCAUGUCAGCACGUUAACAGACUUCAGGGGCAGUAAGGAAAACAGUGACUGGAAUAUGGACGCAGGUCUGGUCUGGAGUAUCUGAGUUCUGUGUAUGUUAGGCCUCAAUGACCCCAUGCUAUUUUUGCUUUACCAACGUGAGCUGCACUGGAGACAGAGCUGACUUCCCUCAAAGAAUACUCAUUGACUUUCCACUGCCUUAUAUCCAUGAUCCUAGGGGGGACACAGCUUCUACAUGGACGACUGUGGAAGAUGAAGCCCUCUUGAUAACCAGGAGGGCUUAUGUUGUUAUAUCAUUGUUUUAUUAACCUGGUUUACUCUGACCUUUCCCAUGGUAAGUGUACAGUAUGUAAACUCAGGUUCAUUUAGGAUAUGAGAUUGAGUCAACUUUCCGAUGUGGGAUUUACAAUCUCUUUGAUUUAGCAGUGUCUAUGGUAAAAAUAAAAACAAUCUGUGCAGUAAUCAGAUAAUGCGAGGAGAGUACUGUGUAACGUUCAUUAUUUGAAUGCUUGUUCUUCCAGCCCAUAUUGGAGAGCCUCAUUUGGCUUGUUGUCUAAUGUACAAACCACUCAGAAACAGAAUUUUUGUUUUCAAAAAUAGUUUUUCAGAAUUUCGAACUAUUGUUUACAUUAGGACAUGGGUUCUGUCUAAGCUCAUAUGAGGGUCACAGUCUCUAGCUAUGUGCUGAAAUUCUAACUAGACUUGUUGACCUUUGGUUCACUUCACCAUAGCACCACCUGAGGAGUUUUAAACAAACACCUUACUCUGUACAGGGCUGACUGCAGCUGAGUCAACGUUAACUCUUAACUACCUUACUCUGUACAGGGCUGACUGCAGCUGAGUCAACGUUAACUCUUAACUACCUUACUCUGUACAGGGCUGACUGCAGCUGAGUCAACGUUAACUCUUAACUACCUUACUCUGUACAGGGCUGACUGCAGCUGAGUCAACGUUAACUCUUAACUACCUUACUCUGUACAGGGCUGACUGCAGCUGAGUCAACGUUAACUCUUAACUACCUUACUCUGUACAGGGCUGACUGCAGCUGAGUCAACGUUAACUCUUAACUACCUUACUCUGUACAGGGCUGACUGCAGCUGAGUCAACGUUAACUCUUAACUACCUUACUCUGUACAGGGCUGACUGCAGCUGAGUCAACGUUAACUCUUAACUACCUUACUCUGUACAGGGCUGACUGCAGCUGAGUCAACGUUAACUCUUAACUACCUUACUCUGUACAGGGCUGACUGCAGCUGAGUCAACGUUAACUCUUAACUACCUUACUCUGUACAGGGCUGACUGCAGCUGAGUCAACGUUAACUCUUAACUACCUUACUCUGUACAGGGCUGACUGCAGCUGAGUCAACGUUAACUCUUAACUACCUUACUCUGUACAGGGCUGACUGCAGCUGAGUCAACGUUAACUCUUAACUACCUUACUCUGUACAGGGCUGACUGCAGCUGAGUCAACAUUAACUCUUAACUACCUUACUCUGUACAGGUAGUUAGGUAGUAUGUUAAUUGUCCCAAGCAAGCUUAACAAUACCAUAAUAUUUUAUUAUGUUGAAAAAAAGUUGUCAAUACCUAUUUUCCUAUCACUGUGGCGUGUGAUGUCUAUCUCUGUCAAUAUAGUGUUCUGAUUUAACCUAUAGAGAUGAGGUUAUUAGAAUUUCAAAAUGAUAACCAUAGAAUUAGGAAUUAGAAUACUAAAAUGGACAUGGACCAUCUUAAGAAUGUUCAAAGGUCAGCCAUUUUGGUCAGGGAGUUGGUCAACUAUGGUUUGACAGUGCUGUGAUAAGAUAUGGUGUGAAACAAUGAAUGUGUAGAAUUUAUCUGCACUGUGUGUUUGUUAGCUAGCUAGCCAGCCAGUUUUAGAGGAAUUUUUCCAUUAAUUGUACAAAUUAAAUGCCAAUAUGCCAACAUUCCACUCAAACAAUGCAGUCAAACCACAGACAAGUUGUAAAUGCAACAACUACUGAUACUAUAUCAUAAAAGCACUCACAACUUUCCAAGAAAAUAAAAUCAGUUUACAUAUAUUUUAGAGGAUAUUUAUACAGACAGUUGGUAUAAAACCUGUAUAAACUGUAUUUAUAAUUAUAUGACAAUAUUUUUUGUUGAUUAUAAUUCUAUUUCUGAUACAUGCAUCUCCUAUGCCUCUACUGCCAUUCAUUCUAAUUACACUGGUUUUGUCACGACUUCUGUCGAAGUCAGUCCCUCUCCUUGUUCGGGCGGCGUUCGUGGUCGACGUCACCGACCUUCAAGCCAUCGCUGAUUUUUCAUUUUCCAUUGGUUUUGUCUUGUCUUCCUCCACACCUGGUUCCAAUCCCAUCAAUUACAUGUUGUGUAUUUAACCCUCUGUUUCCCCUCAUUGUCCUUGUCGGUGAUUGUAUGUUAUGUGCAAGUUCUGGUGUGCGACGGGUUUUGAACCCACUUUUAUUAUUUUGUAUAUGAUGGUUUUCGGGGUUUAUAAAAUUUAUUCAACGACUCCGUUUAUACCAAGUUCGUUCUCCUGCGCCUGACUUCCAUGCCACCAGCACGCACCCCAUUACAGGUUUUGUAUUUCUCCCUGACCAAUAUGGCUACCAUUUUGACCCCAUUCUGUACCUUUGAGGUUUUAUGACAUAGCCCCUGUAGUAAUGUAAUAGGAUCUCUAUGGUGAUAACUGUCACCUCUUUCAGAGAUUUGUUUUUCAAGCAUUGUAACUCAAGCCUUGUAAUAGCUCUUCCAGUAGAAUGCCAAACUAAGCCUUGGGCUAAACAAUACAGUUUCAUGUAUGAUCAGGUUCACCUCCUUAGAUGUGUGAUGGACCUCUGAAAGGGAAUUAUAGUGGAAGACAGACAAUGGAGAAGUUAAUGUUUUACUGGAUCACUCUUAGUCGACCAUGUUGCUUCAACGGUCAGUUCAAUGUUAAUCAUAACCAUGAAUAAAUAAUAUAUACAGCUAGUGAUUUUAUCUCCUCCUUCUGAAAUACAUGGUAUAUAUUUUCAAACUUCUUCCAUGUCCAGUUUCUCAGUAUUGCAGGGAUUACAGUACCAGUCAAAAGUGUGGACACGCCUACUCGUUUUUCUUUAUUUGGACUAUUUUCUACAUUGUAGAAUAGUAGUGAAGACAUCUAAACAAUGAAAUGACACAUAUGGAAUCAUGCAGUAACCAAAAAAGUGUUAAAUCAAAAUAUAUUUUAUAUUUGAGAUUCUUCAAAGUAGCCACCCUUUGCCUUGAUGACAGCUUUGUACACUUUUGGCAUUUUCCCAACCAGCUUUAUGAGGUAGUAAUCUGGAAUGCAUUUAAAUUACACAUUUAUUUUUAUUUAACUAGGCAAAUCAGUUAAGAACAAAUUCUUAUUUACAAUGACGGCCUACCCCGGCCAAACCUGGACGACGCUGGGCCAAUUGUGCGCCGACCUAUGGGACUCCCAAUCACGGCAGGAUGUGAUACAGGUGUGCCUUGUUAAAAGUUAAUUAAUGUGUUUAAGCCAAUCAGUUGUUGUGACAAGGUAGGGGUGGUAUACAGAAUAUGGCCCUAUUUGGUAAAAGACCAAGUCCAUAUUAUGGCAAGAACAGCUCAAAUAAGCAAAGAUAAACAACAGUCCAUCAUUACUUUAAGACAUGAAGGUCAGUCAAUCUGGAACAUUUCAAGAACUUUGAAGGUUUCUUCAAGUGCAGUCGCAAAAACCAUCAAGCGCUAUGGUGAAACUGGCUCUCACGAGGACCACCACAGGAAAAGAAGAACCAGAGUUACCUCUGCUGCAGAGAAUAUGUUCAUUAGAGUUACCCACCUCAGAAAUUGCAGCCAAAAUAAAUGCUUCACAGAAGAGUUCAACAGACACAUCUCAACUGUUCAGAGGAGAUCGAAUUGCUGCAAAGAAACCCCUAUUAAAGGACACCAAUAAUAAGAAGAGGCUUAUUUGGGCCAAGAAACACAAGCAAUGGACAUUAGACAGGUGGAAAUGUUAGGUUUUUGGAUCCAUCCGUCGUGUCUUUGUGAGAUGCAGAUGAUCUCCGCAUGUGUGGUUCCCACCGUGAAGCAUGGAGGAGGAAGUGUGAUGGUGUUCGGGGUGCUUUUCUGGUGACACUGUCUGUGAUUUAUUUAGAAUUCAAGGCACACUUAACCAGAAUGGCUACCACAGCAUUUUGAAGCGAUACACCAUCCCAUCUGUUUUGCGUUUAGUGGGACUAUCAUUUUUUUUAACAGGACAAUAACCCAACACACCUCCAGGCUGUGUAUGGGCCAUUUGACCAAGAAGGAGAGUGAUGGAGUGCUGUAUCAGAUGACCUGGCCUCCACAAUCACCCGACCUCAACCAAAUUGAGAUGGUGUGCCAUGAGUUGGACUGCAGAGUGAAGGAAAAGCAGCCAACAAGUGCUCAGCAUAUGUGGGAACUCCUUCAAUACUUUUUGGAAAGCAUUCCAGGUGAAGCUGGUUGAGAGAAUGCCACGGUUGUACAAAGUUGUCAUCAAGGCAAAUGGUGGCUACUUUGAAGAAUCUAAAUGUUUAAAUAUAUUUUGGAUUUGUUUAACACUUUUCUGGUUACGACAUGAUUCCAUAUGUGCUAUUUCAUAGUUUUGAUCUCUUCACUAUUAUUCUGCAAUGUAGAAAAUAGUAAAAAUAAAGAAAAACCAUUGAUUGAGUAGUUGUGUCCAAACCUUUGACUGGUACUGUAUAUCAUCAAUACGAAUGCAUUUUACGACGAUGCAUUUCUUCAAAUGCUUCUCUUUGUAACAGUGCAAAUCACAUGGUGUACUAUACUCUUGUACUAUACUGAGUGGACAAAACAUUAAUAUUGAGUUGCACCCCCUUUUGCCCUCAGAACAGCCUCAAUUCAUCAUGGCAUGGACUCAACAAGUUGUCACCAUGUUGACUCCAGUGCUUCCCACAGUUGUGUCUAUGUCAUGGAAAGAGCAGGUGUUCCUAAUGUUUUGUAGACUCAGUGUAUUUCCAAGUAAGCUAUGACUUCCAGCAAACGUGGAGGUUCAAGGAUCUCUGUUCAGGGCUCUGUGGGGGGUGGCGCUGUGGUGAAAUAACAGCUUGCAUUCAGUGUCAUGUUAGGACAAAGAUCCCGUUUGUCUGUAGUUUGAUACCUUUGGAAAAUAAAGAAUAUUUGGUAUACA